CCAUCCUCUAUUUCUUCCCCGCUCUCGCUGUUGUCCCGCUGCACGCAAUGGAAUCUGAGGAAAUCGAACUCCAGAAAAAAUUCAUUGAUGCCUUGACCAUCCAACUCAGAAAGACUUCAGAAAAGACAAUUGGCAUCAGUGAUCUGAAAAGCAACGGUAUCAAACCCGUCAUGUUAAAACAGGUUCACUUGAUACAAGAUGAUGAUAUCCGUAAGGUGGAGGAGGAGGAGAAGAAGAAGACAUUGUCAGAGUGGGGCAUUGACAUACAUGGGAAGAUCGAGAUACCUAGUUCAAAAACCCUACAAGAUAUUCUUGCGCUCAAAGUUAGACCCAAAGGCUGGGAGGACCGCAAAUGCAAGCUAGCUAUCUGGCAGCAAACCGAUUUACAGAACUCAGUCGGCCCCGUUUGUUCGCGUCUCACCCCCAUCGAUUACGAUUUAGCAUCCGCCGCACACACGAACUUACAAGACAUUCUCCCACCACGCCUGCUUGACCUCUUGUGGCACAUUUCUGUCGACGAGGAAUGGCUUAGUUGGCCUAAGGAAUCGCAGGUUUGCCGCAUACUGGAUCUUAUUGUCUCCGAUGAUGCUCUGUUCUCCAUCCCCGCGAGGAAAUCAUCCGCCAACAUCACCUGUAAAGUUGAUAUAGAGGGAACUUCGAGGCACUUUAGCCCUUUUCCCGACAUGCAAGUAUGCAUCAGACCUGGUAACCGUCAAUUGCUGGUGACCUGGGUAGAAGUCGAUUCUGCGGCUAAGGGCGCAGAUCGGUGCAAGAUGUUACUCUUUCUCAACGCCUUCGCCAAAUGCUUCAGUCUAGCCCCCAACCGCACCGAAACGAUACUUUUGAUCGGUGUCUACGUCAAUUACGACGUCAGUAUCCCAAAAUCCACCGAAAUCACCAUAUUUCAAAUACCACCGUCCCACGACAACAGUCCAGUCCAGACCUUUCGAUACGAGACGGUGAAGGAACCCGACGGAGCUGCCGACUUUUUGAAUGUUAUGUUCAGGUUAUUAUGUCGCAUUGGGAGCUGUUCUAGCAAACAACCAGGCCCAUUUAUCACUGUUCACAAUUAUAUCACUGCAGUCAAGGCCCUAAUCAAUGCCGCUGGUGAGGCGCUCACUCGGACUUCCAAACGCUCUAAUGGCGGAGGCAGUAACGGUGCAGGUGGAGCUGGAGGCAACGGAAGUAGUGGUGCAGGUGGAUCUGGAGGCAAUGGAUCUAGUGGUGCAGGCGGAACUGGCCGUCACCCACCUGGAGAUGGGGGUGGCCCUCCAGGACAUGGAGGCCAAACUGAUUCGGACGCAAGUCCAGUUUCAAAGUGCCGCCGGCUUGGCGAACCCGAUGUGGAUGGGUGUAACAUGGCUGCACAGCUGCCGGUAUGGGUCCCCCUCUCGCCCUCAUCAUUGGCCAGUGCGAAAUCAUCCGAUUUCGAGUUGAAAGAAGACAACGACGCAGACUUUUACCUCCACUCACGCUCCCUAGGAUCUUCCCUACAGGAUAUUGUAAACAGAUUAGCUCUUCCCAAGCUCAGAGGGGUAUUCCUUUCCCUUUCCUUAUUGUCACUUGCCUUAAUGCUUUGUUCGCAGAUCUUACGAAUUCUUCAAUCUGAAGAUGAUCGAAGGCCAUUUGCGAUGGCGAAGCUUGCUUCUGGAAAAGAGGUCAAGUACACCUCACAUCUACAAGCGAUUCCUGGGACCGUGAAGAUCUUCUCGCAUUAUACUGUGAUGCGUACGAAGGACACCAAUCUCUUGCUCACCUACUAUGCUGGUCCUUGUCUUCCGUGGUACUGCAGCACCUACCAGUACUUAUCCUCUCAAGUACCACCCCCCCUCCAGGUAGCCAAGGACCUCCUUGCGACAGUCCAGGCCAUACACGAUGCUGGCUUUGUGCACCUCGAUAUCAAACCUGCAAAUGUUUGUGUACCAGAUGGUGUUCUGAGCAGUCCUGGCGCUGUUCUUAUCGACUUUGGAUCCUCUCAACAAAUUUCUAGUUGUGUCUGCUACCCAUUUGGGACUGUCGGAUGGCUUGCCCCCGAAGUCGAAUGUGAACAAGAGGAUGUGGAUUUAUGCUCAGUCGAUGUCUGGGCUACUGGGAAGGUGCUACUCUACAUAUGCCAACGUCUUCCCCAGGAGGUCAAUGGCAUGCUUCUACUCAAAGAGGUUGGUGAGGCUUUGAGUGCACCAACGCCUGCAGAACGGAUCCCACUGGUUGCAGCCAGGGAUAGGUUACUAGUCCUUGAAGCUGGCCACAUUGCAUCAUUCUCUUGAUGUGUCAUAUUCUAUUGUCUUGCUUGGGUCUCUUGGGCUCUUUCGUGUUACUCUCAAAUUGGCGGAUAUCUGGAGUUUAGGGAAGGUCUUGUUGCUCAUGGCUAAAUGGUGUGCUUUUACUGAAAAGGAAAGUGAUCUGGUCCAAACCCUUGGUACAAAAAUGAUGUCAGUGGACCCAGAUGAUUGUCCCUCUUUAGCUGAUGUACUCUCCCAAGUCCAGCAGAUAGUUGAAUGCUUGUAAUAUUAUUAUUAUCAUUAUUAGGAUGCUGAUGAUGGGUUUUGGUACGAAA